CCCAAAGCACCAAGGUCACAAAGGAGAACGACAACAAGUCUCAAGAGCCGGCCACAACAAAGAGAUUGAACAGCAACAAGAGCCAAGGGAGAAACUGUGCUUUUUUUUGUGUGUGUGUGUCGGCGAGAGAGCAUUCAUCUUCAUUGACUGUCUAUCUGGCACAUUCUUGCAUCUUCUCUGUCACCUUUGGUCUCACCAUGAGAAGAGUUCUGGCUUUGUUUGUGUUGGGGACGUGUAUGCUGAGUGGAUGGUGCGUUCCCCUGAAGAAGUCUGUGUCCGUCACGUUCCCUGGAGAUGUCCUCAAGAACAUGACGGAUACGGAGCUGGCAGAAAGCUACUUGAAGAGGUUUGGCUACAUGGACGUUCAGCACCGCAGCGGUUUCCAGUCCAUGGUGUCCACCUCCAAGGCUCUAAUGAGAAUGCAGAGGCAGAUGGGGUUGGAGGAGACAGGGACGCUGGACAAGUCUACGGUAGCAGCCAUGAAGGCACCUCGCUGCGGGGUCCCUGACGUACGCUCCUACCAGACCUUCCAGGGGGACCUGAAAUGGGACCAUCACGACAUUACGUACAGGAUCCUGAACUACUCUCCAGACAUGGUAGCCUCUCUGAUAGACGACGCCUUCGCCAGAGCCUUCAAGGUGUGGAGUGAUGUCACCCCUCUCACCUUCACGCGACUCUUCGACGGCAUCGCUGACAUCAUGGUGUCAUUUGGAAAAGCAGACCAUGGAGACGGCUACCCCUUCGAUGGUAAGGACGGCCUUCUGGCCCACGCCUUCCCCCCUGGUGAGGGCAUACAGGGAGACGCCCACUUUGACGACGACGAAAACUGGACCCUCGGCAAAGGAGCAGCUGUGAAGACUAGCUUUGGCAACGCAGAGGGUGCUCUGUGCCACUUCCCUUUUUCCUUCGAGGGCAAGCAGUACUCCACCUGCACCACGAAGGGGCGCUCUGACAACCUGCCCUGGUGUGCCACCACAGCCGACUACGGAAGAGACAAGAAAUUCGGCUUCUGUCCAAGUGAACUUCUGUACACAUUUGACGGAAACAGCAACGGCAAAGCAUGUGUGUUCCCCUUUGUGUUUCUCGGGGAGACAUAUGAAGGUUGCACGACGGAAGGCCGCAGCGAUGGAUACCGCUGGUGUUCCACCACAGACAACUUUGACAAGGAUAAGAAAUUUGGCUUCUGUCCCAACAGAGAUACGGCUGUGAUUGGUGGAAACUCUGAGGGAGAGCCGUGUCACUUCCCCUUCAUCUUCCUGGGAAAUAAGUAUGACUCAUGCACCAGCGAGGGACGGGGAGACGGCAGGCUGUGGUGCGCUACCACCAGCAACUUUGACGCAGACACGAAAUGGGGCUUCUGCCAAGAUAGGGGCUACAGUCUGUUCCUGGUUGCGGCCCAUGAGUUUGGUCAUGCCCUGGGUCUGGACCACUCCAACAUCAGAGACGCCCUCAUGUAUCCCAUGUACAGCUACGUGGAAGACUUCUCCCUGCAUGAAGAUGAUGUUGAAGGCAUUCACUAUCUCUAUGGGUCCAAGACAGGCCCUGACCCCAUCCCCACCAUUCCUUCACCUGGCCCUGAGCCCAAGCCUGACACCACUACCACUAAGUCCACUACCACUACCACCACACUCCCUGUGGACCCAUCCCAGAGCCCCUGCCAGAUUAACAUAUUCGACACCAUCACAGAAAUUGAUGGAGACCUGCACUUCUUCAAAGAUGGGCAAUAUUGGAGGAUGUCGAGCAAGACUGAUGGUGGCCUGGAGGGUCCGUUCUCCAUGUCAAAGAGGUGGCCGGCUGUGCCAGUCGUCGUUGACACGGCCUUCGAGGACCUUGCGACCAAGAAAAUCUACUUCUUCUCAGGCACCAGGUUCUGGGUGUAUACAGGACAGAGUCUCCUGGGACCCCGCAGCAUUGAGAAACUGGGUCUGUCCUCCACUGUAGAGAAGGUGGAGGGAGCACUGCAGAGAGGGAAAGGCAAGGUGCUCCUCUUCAGUGGAGAGAACUACUGGAGGCUGGAUGUGGAGGGCCAGAAAAUCGACAUGGGAUAUCCUCGCUUCACAGACCUGGUCUUUGGAGGAGUUCCCCUCGAUUCCCACGAUGUGUUCCAAUUCAAGGGCAACUCCUACUUCUGCCGGGAUAGUUUCUACUGGCGAAUGAACUCCAACAGACAGGUGGACCGUGUGGGAUACGUGAAGUACGAUCUCCUGAACUGCAGUGGCUCUAUGGAAGGGGAGAUAGAGGUGGAGAGCAGCAGUGAUGUGGGUCCGUCGGGGUCCGGGAUGGAGGAGCCGUCGGAGAGCGGUAUGGGCAUGGAGUCGUCGGAGGCCAUGUCUGCAGACAGCAGUGACGCAGCGGCACCACACGCCUCACGCCACCACAGCCAGCACCGCCAUGGGCACGGUCACCAUGGGCACGGUCACCAUGGCCAGGCCCCAGAGUCAGACUGCCAUGUGGGACAAAGCUCAGAGGGUAUCCCGGCGUUCUUACCAGAGACCAGCUCCAGUACAGACGUCACCCACCACAGAGCCACCGUCCACCUCCCAGACUCCUCCUCUGUGGCCCAGUCCACCAGCGUCUCCACCGUAACCCAGUCCAUCUUGGUGUCCGGGUCGGCCCAGGUGACAGUCCACUCCAGUGCAGCGGUGUCAGACUGCGGGGGCAUGAUGGUGUCAGACUGCACAGCCUCUACCUCCUCAGACCUGGGAUCAGCCAUAGACAAGAUCAUAGAGUCCACCAUCGGACCUGACAUCAUGAACGGAUGUAUAGCAGUGACCAGUGCAGAGGACGGAGCUGCCGAGACCAGUGAGGGGCAGUAUUUGAUACUACAAGGACCAGACGAUGGGGCCCCUAUGGUAGCCCACAUGUCGUCCUCGGCUCUGUCCAGCCAUCACCGCAUCGCCAUCGAGGCUCUGGGAGAGGGUCCUACCUCCACCUGCCACGACCAGGGGGACAUGCAGGAUAACCUGGAUCCAGACCAGCCCUCUGGGAGUCACUCUCACUCCGGCCACUACCCAGACCAUGAGGACCAGGACAACCAGCCUCAGCACUCCCACGCGUCCCAGUACAUGGAGUGUAGCGGUGGAGAUGCAGACGGACCUGAUCAGACUGGAGAGUCCUCCUCCUCGUAUGUAGACGAUGAGGAACCCGACCAGACACGCUCCUCCCGCUCCCUCGUCCGGUCCCGUUUCCCUGAGUACGGUAUAGUCGACAACUCUGGCCAGGACCUAAGGGGGUACGUGGAGUGUAGUGGUAGCGGUGCCACCGACUCCAACCCCUCGUCCCCUGCCCGCCUACGACACACCCACUAUAUGGUGGACUGCAGCGCGGGGACGGGGGCGUACCUGGAGUGUGCCGGGGACGAGGAAGAGGAUUCGAUGCAGCACCACUCUCGGAGCCACAUCGACAGCAGCAGCAGUGCUAACCAUUCCCAGAAUCACCAAACUCUGUCUAACCACUCCCAGAGUCACCAAACCCUGCGGCAGUAUGUGGAGUCCGGGGCUGCGGUUGCAGAUUCAGAGCAGCCCGGUUGUUCCAACUCCCACUCUCAGAGUCACCAAACCCUGCGGCAAUAUAUGGAGUCUGGGGCUGCAGAUUCGGAACAGCCACGAUGUUACCAAUACCAGGCUGAGGAAGGGCAAGGAGAGGACCCAGACCAGAACCAGGACCCAGACCAGCCACAGCACUCUGACCAGCAGCAGCCUCAGCACUCCCACUACAUGGACACCACCAGCAGCAGCACUGGCCCAGAAGGCGAGGGUUCCACCACAGACCACCACCACCCCCAGGCAGACACCGCAGACUCGGGCUCAGCAGAUCAUCCACAGGCUAUGGAGUGUUCUGAGAGCCAGCCUGGCCCUUACAUCAGUAGCAGUGGAACCUACUCCUACCACCCGGAGCCUGAGGUGGAAGAGGCCCCUGAACCUACAUGGUCCCCCAGUUUGGAGAGGUCUUCGAGGGGAGAGGAGGAGGAGGGCGGCGUGGUGGGGGGGUCUGGGGCUCCAGUCGUGGAGGAGGGGGCUGGGAGCGGACCAGGGGUCGCCGUCCCCCACACCAUGGCUGAACUGGAGGAGAUGAUGGAGGUGGUGAUCGUUCAGCAGUUUAAGUGCAAGAUGUGUCCCUACAAGAGUGUCUCCAAAGACACCCUCAUCAACCACAUGAGAGACAGGCACUUCAAACCCACAGGUGGCCCCCCUCCUAAGAAGCGUGGUCGUGGUCGGCCCCGGCGUAGUGAUACGUUGGCCCGUCAGCAGGCUGAGGUGAAACCAGAGCCCCAGCCUGAGGAGCCAGAGGACGAUGACAUCGUAGACGCUGGGGCCAUCGAUGACCCUGAAGAGGACAGUGACUAUAACCCAGCAGAUGAGGACUGUAGGGGCAGACAGCCUGCUCUCCUGCGACAACCUGUCCCCCCUCCCUGCUCCUCCUCCUCCUCCACAGACCGCCCCAGACGCAGGGUGGGACGACCCAGGAAGUUCACCUACACAGAGGGCAGCUACAACAGCAAGGAAGCAGUAGCAGACGGGACGUCAAAGCCUAAGGGGAGUGUGGAUCCUCAAGGCUCGGAGGAGGCCAGUUCCUCAGGCCUGGGAAACGGCCCAGGUCCCUUGGCCAAUGGAAACACAGCGGAAGCCGGCAUCAGCCAAUCGGACUCUGAGAACAAAGACCCGUCGUCCAAUGGGAGGCCAGAAGAGCUUUUCCCAAGGAAACGGGGUCGACCCUCCAAGCGGUUCAUCAGAAAGAAAUACAAGAAGUACAUGAACCGCAAGUACUGUAAGUCUCUGAAGCCCCUCCUGAGGCCUCACAGUUGUUGGAUUUGCGGCUCUCGCUUCCUGUCCCAGGAGGACCUGAGGUUCCAUGUUGACUCUCACCAAGGAAACGACCCAGAGUGCUUCAAAUGCCUGCAGUGUAACUACCGCUGCAAACGAUGGUCCUCGCUUAAGGAACACAUGUUCAACCACCAGGGGAACAAGCCCUUUAAGUGUGAGGAGUGUGACUACAGCAGUGUGUAUAAGAAGGAUGUCAUCAGACACUCUGCAAUACACAACAAGGACAAGAAAACAAAGACUGAGUCAGUAUCUAAGGUGUUGUCGUUCCCGUGUCCAGUGUGCCACAGAGUCUACCCCAUGCAGAAGAGACUCACUCAGCACAUGAAGACACACAGUACUGAGAAACCACACAUGUGUGACAAGUGUGGGAAGUCCUUCAAGAAGAGAUAUACGUUCAAGAUGCAUCUCCUCACACACAUCCAGAGUGUUGACAACAGCAGGUUCAAGUGUGAGUUCUGUGACUAUGACUGUGACAACAAGAAGCUCUUGCUCAACCACCAGCUGUCCCACACCAACGACCGGCCCUUUAAAUGUGACUACUGUAAAUACUCCACCUCUAAAGAGGACUUCCUGGUCUCACACCUGGCCAUCAAACACACAGGAGAGAAACCGUUCUCCUGUGAGAUGUGCCACUUCAUGACGAAACACCGUAAGAACCUGCGUUUGCACGUCCAGUGUCGCCACCCGGAGGCGUUUGAGGAGUGGAGCGCUACGCACCCUGAGGAGCCCGUCAGGCGGAGGAGGAGACCCUUCUUCACCCAGCAACAGAUAGAGGAACUCAAACAGCAACAUGACGAAACACCGGGCCUACAGAACACUAUACUGGCGGUGGAUCCUGAUACACUACAAGCCAUGCAGACAAUGCAGAACGCCUCAGUCUCCCAAGAUGCAAUGGGAAACACCACCAUCAUCUACGAACAGGCCGGAAACUCCGACCUGUCAGCCCAGAAUGCUCUGGAUCUGCUGUUGAAUAUGAGCAACGCCAGAGAGCUGGUGGGAAACUCACUGCAGGUACAGGUGUUGAAGUCGUCUGACUCCAAUGUUCUAGAAGCAGGCUCCUGGACGGGCGUUACCUCGGCGACGGGGGGAGGGCAAAAAGUAGUCACCUUUCACGUGUCUGAGACCGGCGAGACCCUGGUGCAGGAGGUCCAGGAUGUGCAGGAGGGUUAUGAGGCAGGGACCAAUGAGAAUGGAGAGAUCACCCAGGUGGCCAUCCAGGCCUAUGAGGGGGCAGAAGGCUUCAGUGUGUUGGAACAGGUGGAACAAGCUACAGAGGAGAUCCACAGCACCGGACCUGGGUACAGCAGUGGCGAGGGCAGUCCUCAGCCCAUGGAAGAAGAGGAGGAGGGAACAGAAAUAGUCAGAGAGAAUGGAGAAAAGUACUACCUGACCUCCGGGCUAGGGGAUGGGGUGCUGCAGCAGGUCGAGCUGAGCAGUGAGGCCCCGGGUUCUCCCUCCAUGGUGGGUUCUCCCCAGCAGAACCAGCUCAACCCUAAGAGGUUCUCCUGUCGUAUCUGCAUGGAGUCGUUCCACGGCCGCAGUGACAUGGAGAACCACAAGAGGGCCCAUAUCGACCCCUCCACCUUUAAGUGUCCCGACUGUGACUUCACUGCCUCCUCCUGGCCAGUUGUCAAGACCCACAUGGUCAUGCAUGCCUACCUGAGACCUCACAAGUGUCCCAGCUGCAGCUUUGCCUCCAAGAACAAGAAGGAUCUGAGGAGACACAUGAUGACGCAUACCAACGAGAAGCCCUUCACCUGCCAGAUCUGUGGACAGAGGUUUAACCGUAACGGCCACCUCAAGUUCCAUAUGGAGCGACUCCACAGCCAGGACCCUCCGACAAAGAAGAGCCGCUCUGGUGCAGGCUCCCAGCAGACCAUCAUAGUUAACAGUGACGAGGAGGCUCUCGCCACGCUACAGUCUCUGCAGGCAGGACAGACUAUCAGCCCAGAGCAGCUACAACAGGCCUUGGGUCAGGACCACAUCAUAGUGUCCCAGGAACAAGCCUUGGGUCAGGACCACAUCAUAAUGUCCCAGGAACAAGGCCUGGGUCAGGACCACAUCAUUAUGUCCCAGGAACAAACCUUGGGUCAGGACCACAUCAUAGUGUCCCAGGAACAAGGCCUGGAAGACCAAGAGGAGGCCACGUACAUUCAGCAGAUCACCACAGUGGACGGACAGACGUUACAGUACAUGACAGGAGACAACCAGGUCCAGUAUAUCAUCUCUCAGGAUGGAGUCCAACACUUCCUACCUCAGGAGUACGUGGUGCUAGCAGACGGGAACCACAUCCAGAUGUCAGAUGGCCAGAUCAUCCAGUAUGAGCAUGAUGGGGCCUUCCUGCAGGAGCAACAGAUUGCCCUGAGUCAUGACGGGCAGAUCCAGUAUCUUCCCAUCAGUUCAGAACAACAGAUGGUCAGUCCUGAGGACCUGGAGGUUGCUGAACAUUCUGCCGUUACUGCGGUAGCAGAUGCAGCCUUGCAACAGACCCAGACGGUCUAUACAGAGGCCACACAAGAACAGCUGGAGCAGCUACAACAGCAGGGAAUCCAGUAUGAUGUCAUCACCUUCACCGAUGAGAGCUGUGCCGUGCUUCAGAUACCUGGGAUGAAAGAAGCAGCCCUAGAGAGGAUUCUAGUGGCUGAUGUCCCUGAGAUGGAAGCACAACAGAGGACGGUGGUGAAUGGACAAGCGUUGCUGAGAUUUGUCUUUCCUCCUUUCUACAACGGUUAUGAGAAGUUCUGUUCUAAACUAUAUCCUUGGGGAGUUUCUGUUAUUGUGAAUACCAGAGGAUAUGUCAACGACUUCUACGAGGGAAGAGUAUCCACAACCGAAUACAACGGUGGAAUGGACGUUGUGAUAAGGAAUUUAAAGCCAGUGGACACUGGCGACUACAGGUGUGCUAUUGUCACCAUUGGAUGGAAUCAUAUCUACAAAGACUAUAGCCUCCUGAUUGAUAGUGGUCGACGUAGCGGUCCAGUAUCCCCUCGACCUCCGGUCAGGUCAACCAUCAGCCCCUUCGUCUUCUCUUCCUCAUCAGACACCUCUGGGCCUGUUUUCACCAAGGACCACAGUGACAGCCCCAGUGUUCCCUGGAGCUUUGGUUUACCACUAGCUGCAGGUCUUUGCAUCGCUAUGGUGAUUGUGAUCAGCUCAGUAGUCCUUGUUGUGGUUCAUCACAAAAUCAUCACGAAAAAGAAAUGUGGAGCAACUUCCAGUGACUCAGCUGCACACAUCCUCUCAGAGGAGAGCAGUAUUGUCUACACCACAGUGGACUUCAAGCCUCAUGAGAACCAUACCACUGAGCUGUAUGCUAACCUACAGACACUCCGCAGUCCCAGAAGCACCGACUCACACAGAGAGCCUGCUGGGACAGUGGUGUACUCCACACUGGCUAGCAACCAACGCUGAACCCCAUUAUCUUUCUGAUGAUCCCAGAACUCCAAUGUUUGAAAACCUGCAUUGUAUAACCUCAACCUGGUUUAGGGCUCUAUUCAAUCAGAUCCACUUUAGUCGAUGAUUAAAGUUUUUUUUUUUUUUGCGGUAUUGGAGGUGGAACUGCCUACAGGUUUAUCAAAUCCACAAGCGGCUCCGGGCAUUAUACCUAAAGGUGGACACCGCCAUUGGCUGCACGGUGUCACAAUAAUAGAAAACCCACGCAGCUUUGUUUACAAGUUUGAACACUGCAAUGUGAGAUGUAAUCUACACCUCGAAUUAGGCUGAUAAUUAUUUUUAAAUUUGAGCGUCAUUAUUUCUGUUUAUAAACUGGGUGGUUCGAACCUUGAAUGCUGAUUGGCUGACAGCCGUGGUAUAUCAGACCGUAUACCACGGGUAUGACAAAACAUUUAUUUUUACUGCUCUAAUUACGUUGGUAACCAGUUUAUAAUAGCAAUAAGGCACCUUGGGGGUUUGUGGUAUAUGGCCAAUAUACCACGGCUAAGGGCUGUGUCCAGGCACUCCGCGUUGUGUCGUGCUUAGAACAACCCUUAUAUUGGCCAUAUACCACACCUCGACGGGCCUUAUUGCUUAAGUAGCGUACAUAUUCUUGCUUUGAACUUCUAACAGGAGUGGGACGGGUGUGAUCAUUGUCACGCAGACACAAGAGCAGCUGCUCACCGAUUUGACCGCUCAAACACAGUUCCACCUCCGACACCGCCAAAACAUCAGCUGUGCGGGUGUCAGCUAUCGCCAGUUAAAGCUUGAUUUGCCAUCGUGUUGAUGAUGUGUUGAUAUCAUGGGAUGGUCAGUCGUUGCAUCCACAGCUCUGUCUAUUCAUUUGAGAGUGGUUACAUUUCUCUAGGCCCAUCCCUCAGCUUUUUACCCAAACAGAGGUGGGGUGACCACUUUGUUUCAGAUACAGAUUCUAGCUUUAAGGUGAUUUUUUUAUAUCUAUUUUGACUUAUAAACCAUACAAAUAAAGUAUGAAUCCGCUGCA